AUAUCGAUUCCUGGCGGUCCUUCGUCGCUCACUGCUACCGGUGCGUCGCCUGCGACCAAUCGAUUGAGUUUGUCACCAAUCAGUUCGGCUGCCGCUGCAGCUUCACUCUUCAAUCCGGCCUCGCCGGUGCCGGGCUCUUCACCGAGUACAUCCGCACCAACUACACCGACUGGUGCUGGGGUCGGAAUGAUUGGUGGUGGCCCUGGUAGUGGUCUCGGUUACAGCGAUGGAGCUCCCCUGUACCAGCGUCCCUCAACGCUGCACGUUCUCAAGCAUAAGCUCCAUUCCUCGUCACCGUGUGCCAGUGGCAAAUCGUUGCACACGGGCGGCACCGGUGGUCGCCCAUCAAAUCGCCGCAAGUCAGCCGAUCAUAUGCCACUGUCCCCGUUGGCACGCACACCAAGCCCAUCACCGUUACCCGCAUCGCCGACACGAUCUUCCAGUCCACUGGCGUUCCCCGUUGUCCAUCCACUCGGUGCAUCUAACACAACGCAAUCGUACAGUCCCGGUGGAUUGCCUGCUGCCGGUGUCGGGGUUGGCAUCGGUGGACUACCAGUGACGGUGCCAGGGAUCGUGGCCGGUACGAUCGUCGGUCCAUCAGCAACACCGCCAACGAAGAAGGGAUUCCCGAGGGCGAAAACCGCCGAACCGAGCUCUCCGCUGCUGCGGCGUGCUCUCUCGCCCGAUCGACUGCAUCCACGGAGUGCGGCGGAGAGCAAGUGCGUACUUUCGCCGCUUUGCUGUAACACUUCGCUGAAAACGACACCCAGGACAGUGGCCGGCAUCUGGCGGUCGAACCAGAACUCCACCAUCACCACGGCGGCUGCGAUGACGGCGACGUGUGUUGGCAGCGGUCCUGGGGUACCAUCGGAACCGACACCACCGGUAGCCGCUGGUACUGCUGGCGGUCUGGCGAACACGAAGACACCAUCAUCAUCGGCUGCGGCGACGGUAUCCGGACACAACACUACGACGACGGUAACAACAACGGCGGCCGGUUCGGAUAAAAUCACUUCUUCGAUGGAGAAGCUGACGAUCAAACAUCCGAGUGAUGCGGCUACCAGUGAUAAAGCAGGAAGUAAUGGGAAGAAAGCGAAAGAGUAGAAGCCGAUACACGAUCAGGAUUGAAUGCGCGCUGAAGAUUGAAUCCCCCGUCAUUGUUGUCGGUGGUGCAAAUGAUUAUCCGACGAAUUUUGCUCAUUUGGUUUGCUGGUAUAAUGCCUAAUCAACAACAACUGUGUUACUGUUAAAUAUCGCUAGUUCAGUCUUGGUUCUAAAUUCUAAUCCGUGGUAUCGAAUGCUCGCGCGCGUGCGUUAGAAGAAGGCAGAUAGUCAAACUGGUGUAAUGCUGAAGCCGGGAAGCUAUCUCGUCUGCUUACUACUUUGAUGCUUAGUUUUGAUAACGAUCCUUUAUUAUUAUUAUUAUAUUAUUAUUACUACUAUUAUUAUUGCUAUUAUUGCUAUUUUGUAGUAUGCAUUAUUAUUUCGUUUGUAGAAAAAAAAAGUGUCGUGUGCGUCGUGAGCACUCUCACGAGCUCUCUUCGCGCUCCCGCUAGCUAGCUUGUACGGGCCACCACUCUCCUUCCCCCGCUACAGAAUUCGUUUUAUUUAUCCUAGAGCAUCGCUUCGAUUUCAAUAUUAUGCGCGUAGUGCCGGUUGGGAUAAGGUAGAAGAGGAUAAGAAGAAGAAACUAGCAGGAGAUCGAUCGCGUACCAGUUCUCCAUGACCCGUUCAUGAUUGCACUUUUAAUAUGUCUCCCCCGAAUGGCGACCGCGUUACUGAAAGGGAAAAUAAAUUGUCUUCACAAAUUCGA